GCGCCUGCGCAGUGCAGCCCCGCACGUGUUCCAGCCGGAAGCUGGUGCAGAGGCCGAAGAUUCCUGAGGAUGGAAACGGAGAUGGAGUCACAGAGCUCUUUGGCCGAGGACGGCUUUACCGAGGUCACCCGCAAAGGUGGUCGGCGGGCGAAGAAACGGCAGGCCGAACAGCUGUCCACGCCGGGGGAGGGCGGGGACGCGGGCCGCAUGGACACCGAGGAGGCCCGGCCGGCGAAGAGGCCCGUCUUCCCGCCCCUCUCCGGGGAUGGGUUCUUGGGUGGGAAAGAAGAAACCAGGAAAAUUCCAGUUCCAGCUAACAGAUACACACCGUUAAAAGAGAACUGGAUGAAGAUAUUUACUCCUAUUGUAGAACAUUUGGGACUUCAGAUACGCUUUAACUUGAAAUCUAGGAAUGUAGAAAUCAGGACCUGUAAAGAAACCAAGGAUGUUAGCGCUCUGACGAAAGCAGCUGAUUUUGUAAAAGCCUUUAUUCUUGGGUUUCAGGUGGAGGACGCACUUGCCCUCAUCAGGUUGGAUGACCUCUUCCUAGAGUCUUUUGAAAUUACAGAUGUGAAGCCCUUAAAGGGAGAUCACCUGUCGAGGGCAAUAGGAAGAAUUGCUGGCAAAGGAGGAAAAACCAAGUUCACCAUAGAGAAUGUGACCCGGACGCGGAUAGUCUUGGCUGAUGUGAAAGUGCACAUCCUUGGUUCCUUCCAAAACAUCAAGAUGGCAAGGACUGCCAUUUGCAACCUCAUCCUGGGAAACCCUCCAUCAAAGGUGUAUGGCAACAUCCGCGCUGUGGCCAGCAGAGCAGCAGACCGAUUCUGAUUUCAAAUCAGACUUUCCAUCUUGUCUUUGGACUCUAGAGAAAAAGGCCUUACUCUAUACAACUGGUCACCAGACACCACGUGAAGAGCUUUUCAGCCAUGAGUACCAUUACUAGCCAUUAAGUAUAAUUCAUCAUUUUUUCCAUUUUAAAUCACAUGUAGCAGAUUUGCAGUUUAUAAUUCUCUCAUUUGGAGAGAAACUUCUUAUUUUAAAAAAACAGUUCAGUAUCAAUAUCUAAGGUUUUUAUUUAUAAAUAUAUAACUUUUUAUAAAUUUAUAAGCAUUUAUUCUCUAUGAGUUGUAAUUAAAAGAAUUAUCCCAGAAAACCUCUCUGAAUCGUGACCCUUAAUACUGGGUGGUGUGUGAAUACGUUAGAAUCAGGUCAGAAGCAGCAGUUUGGAUACACUCUGUGGACCAAAAAACGCUAAUCUUUACUCCUGUUUUUGCAGUUUGUAAACUUAAAAUUUAAGGCUACAUCACAAGGUUGACACGAGGAAAGAGUUUUAUUUUUUAAACAGGAAUUUAAUGAAAGCAGCCUGACCUUACCAGGGUUGGGUCUAUUUUUCUGUGUAGUAUGUAAUAAAAGAAUGUUUUUACCCCCAAGAAAACGAUAUUCUGAAAACCCUGCAACAGAGUGCUUUAACAAGUGUCUGCAUCUUUUUAAUGAAUGGAACUCACUUCAUUAAACUGUGA